UGUGGAAGAGAAAAACCAUGUGAGCACUUGUAACUCAUCCACUUUCAUGUGAACCCUAACCACAUACCCCCUGUGACACACUUCAAUUCAAUACCUUCUCUUUCUUUAUAUAUACACACACACACACACAUAUAGGUAUAUUUCCUUCUCAAGUACUCAAAGAAACACUAAAUAGAGUUGAUAUGAAGAAUAUUCAUUACUCUUUUCUGGCAGCAGCAUUGCUUACCCUUGUCUUCAUUCCAAACACCAUCUCUACCAUGCAAAACUAUAGUCAUGGUGGCAUUAUGGCAACAACAACUCAUGACGAUCAAAAUCCAAAAACUUCAAUUGGGGAAAGAGAGCAAGAAUUCAUGAGACAAUUGAAAAGAGGACACCCACAAGAAGUAGCAGGAUCAAGAUUGCCAGAUUGCUCACAUGCUUGUGGUUCAUGCAAACCAUGUAGAUUAGUAAUAGUUAAGUAUGUUUGCUCCUCACUUGCUGAGGCUGAGACAUGCCCUAUCUCAUAUAGGUGCAUUUGUCAUGGCAAAUCCUAUCCUGUCCCUUAAUUAAUUAAUUUUUUUAAUUUAUUUUAUUUCUAGGAUUCA